UAUUUUAUUUUAGUGUUCCUCGAUGUGACUAAGGCGGAAGUUUGUGGAUGCAAGUCAGUGCGACCGUGUUACAAAAGAAUGUUAGACAAGUUACUUCUCGACGACGAAGAUGCUUGUGUCGAGAACGUCUCCGUCGGUGUCAACACUGUAACAAUAUUUUUGAAAGCCAUAAAAUCGUAUUGUGCGAAUACUGUUAAAGUUUACGACAAUUUUACAACAAUUGAAAAUAGAAAUCUUUAUGAGGUUGUAAUAAAUGGUACAAAACCGAAUGUUAUAGACGAUGAGUCAUUACCAAUCAUAGUCUUAGAAGCUGGUCAAGACGCCAGCACUGAGACUGUAGCUUUCGCAUUAUACGUCAUUGAGCAGCUCGUAGCUUGUGCUGAAAAUAGAGACAUGAUACGUAACGUUCGAUGGGUUAUCCUACCUUCCACCAAUCCUGAUGGAACCGAAUAUUCUAGAAAUAACAUGGAAAUUUGGAGAAAGAACUGUAAUAAUCUUAAUACAAAGUCGUAUGGAGUAGAUGUAACUAGAAAUUUUGACGAAUCGUGGAAUAUUUGUCCAGCCAAUAUAAAUAUAUUCUCACAAAAAUAUCCUGGUCGUACACCAAAUUCGGAAAAUGAGACUACAUUCAUAAUUAAUGCCUUAAGCAAAUAUAAAAGCGAUAUUAAGACAUACGUUUCACUUCGCCGCGAUGGCCAUGGUAUAUUUUAUCCUUAUGCUAGCAAAAAUAUUUCUUUUAAUUCGAUAGAAAAAGUCAAGAAGAGGGCUGGCGACGUAGCCGCUAAAGUUAAUCAACGAGCCGGCGGCCUUCAGUGGUUUGUGAACGAUAGUAUCUUCAAUAUGAAUCGAGAGGCCCAUUGCGGUCAUAGUGUUGAUUAUGCCAUUAAUAAGCUCAACGUUCCUUUUUCAUUCGAAAUGCGUAUAUUCUCAAAAACCGAGGACGAUAUAUUGUCAAAGUUUCAAACCUUACCCAAGGGACAUGAAGUGACGCUAAGAGCAGGAUAUUUCAGUGGCAUCAGAGAAAUAUACAACUCAAUAAUGAAUGAAAAGAAACAAAAAAAGCAAACGAAAUAAAUUUACUAAAAUACA